GAUAACGACGAAAAAUAAAACCCAAGAAAAAAGAGAAACCGAAUAGAGGCUGAAUCAAGAACGGUAAAGAGCAGCCAUGGAAGGUAGCAACAACAACAACAGCGAGGAAUUUGCAGUGGGUUGCUUUCUUUCCAUCAAGACCAUAUUAGGUGACGAAUUCGAAGGCCAAGUCAUCACCUUUGACCGCCCUUCCAACAUCCUCGUACUUCAAGAGGGAUCAAAACAUGGGCCUCGGAGAAAUAUAAGGUUUUUGAAAGCUAAUUAUAUAAAGGAGUUUUCCUUUCUUGGUCAAGCUGAAGACCCGCUUGAUGUUAAGAAGUGUUAUAUUGACCUUCAUAGUCUCCAAGCUAGAGAAGAAUUGGCUUUAAGGCAGGCAGAAGCAGAGGCAGAGAGACUUGGAGUUGGUGUCACUGCUGAGGCUCAGAACAUCUUUGAUGCCUUGUCUAAAACGCUUCCAGUGCGCUGGGACAAGACUGUCAUAGUGGUUAUGAAUGAAGUGCGUGUUAACAAUCCAUAUCUCCCUGAAUGUGUAAGUGGAGGAACUCCUGCUGCUAAUGAAAGGGUGAAGAAAGUGCUCGAGUUUGAAAGGAAGAGGCUGCAAGCUCGUGGUACUGGUCAAUAAUGUGCACACAUCCUAUCACUAUUGUGAAAGACACCUUGAGGAAUGGAUGCUGUUGGUAUGUUGGUUGCCGCCAAUCUUAACCUGGGAAAACCAUGUCUCCAUGCUAAGACAACCGUGAGUUACAUUGAUGAAGGAUAUGGUAUUCACCAUAGCAUUAAUUUCUAGCUAUUCUUUCAUUGUGCUGCCUCUGGCAUUUUGAAUUUUGGUUUUGUUCCACCGGAGCAAAAUUGAUGGCUGGUUAUUCGGUUCUCCUACAGAUUACAAAUUAAAUCUGUUGGCUGUUGCGGUUUCUCAUAGAUAUCUGAAGUUGAAAUAAGUUAGCUAUCUAAUAUUCAGACAACUGUUAUCCUAGAUAUCGUCAUUGAAAUAUUACUAAAUUACUAUGAAUGUUUGUGAAGUGGCCAUAUAGCAGUGCAGAUUUUCUCA